CAUCUAACCCAUCUUAUCAUCACAAAAUGAUGAAAGCUAAAGAGACAAACGGUGCAUUCUCAAUUAGCCUUUGGGCUCUGGCUUUCUUCUUUCUUAAUAAUUUAUAAGGCCUCAGCCUACGAGCUCUCUCUUCCUUCUGAUAAAAAUCAAGAAGGUCAACAACGGUGUGGAUACAGUUGCGAUAAAAAAUGUCCUCCUGGAUCGUGUUGUAACUGGUGGGGUUAUUGCGGAACUACAGAAGAGUAUUGCGGCAGACGGCACUGUCAAGAUCAAUGUCCACCUCCACCCCCACCUCCGAUCGAACCUCCACCUCGAUACGCGCCCGGACAGUGUGGAAUGCAAGCUGGUGGAACAAAAUGUCCUCCAGGAUUGUGUUGUAGUUUAUCUGGUUGGUGCGGAGCCACAGAAGAGUAUUGCCGCGAAGGGUGGUGUCAAAGCCAGUGCAAGAGUAAUCUUACCCCUCAUAAUAAUUCACUAAUGGCUAAACGAGAGUGCGGAUACCAAGGUUGCUAUAAAAAAUGUCCUCCUGGAUCGUGUUGUAGCAGGUGGGGUUGGUGCGGAACUACAGAAGAGUUUUGCACUAAAUACUUCUGUCAAGAUCAAUGUGCGCCUCCACCUGCACCUCCACCUCCACCUCCAUACGCACCUGGAAGAUGUGGAAUGCAAGCUGAUGGUAGAAAAUGUCCUCCUGGAUUGUGUUGUAGUUCAUCUGGUUGGUGCGGAACCACAAAACACUAUUGCGCCAAAGAGUGGUGUCAAAGUCAGAGCAAGAGUACUACUCUUACCUCGUUUGUUAUUGAAAGCUUGUUGCUCAAUGGUACGGUGUCUAGCUAGAUGCUGGUCCUCGUUUCUGUAUUCCCCAAUACUAGCUAGAGGAUGUACUUUUACUCCUCAUUUUGGACUGGUGAAGCGAUCAAAUAUUAAUGCAUGUAAUUAUAAUGCAUAUAAAAUGCAUUAGUUAAUAUAAUAAAUAAAGGAACUUUGUGUAUAAAUGAAAAUAGUGAAUGAGGUUCGUUCUAUAAUAUCUUCCCUGCCAUUUUCAUCUAUAUU